AUGUUGAGCCGCGUCGACAACGCGCGCGUGUUCGCGAGCUCCGACGACGUCGUGUUCCCCACGUGCGGUCGGGUGGCCACGUCCCACAGCCGCCGGCUCGAGGACGAGGCGCUCCGACCGUCGUCUAACCGCCGCGAGCGUGUACGACCGUGUGGCGGUCAGUGGGGCGACGGGGCGGCGGCCACGAUGGAGCUUUUUUUCGGGGAUUCUGGCGCGAUUUGGGCGCGGGCCGACUGUCGGAUGGGCUCGAGCUCGCUGGAGGUGCCGCAAGUGUUGAGCUGCUGCAGUCGGACGAGUGCUGACGAGGGAGGGAGCGAGGGACACGGGACGGACAGACGUGGACGGUGUAGCUGGGCCAAGCAGGAGGAGCAGGAGAGGCCGCGCAGACGGCGGACGAGCUCGAGGGGACGACCACGAGGACCGCGGGGCGAUGAUCGCUGGGACUCGUCGUCGGUCGUUUCGUCGAUUGGGUCCGUGUUGGCUGCACUGGAGCAGGAGGAGGAGGUUGUUACUGCUGCUGCUGCUGCUGCUAGCGAGGACGAUGACGAGGAGGAGGAGGAGAAAGAGGAGGAGAAGGGUGGACUUGAUGGUGACAGCGUAUUUAUUGUGUCAAAGUGUUUUACAGCGAGUGAGACGCAAAACGAGCAGACGACAAGCGGACGUGGUGGACAGAUGCGACUUGAUAGACGAGAAGCACGACGAGGCGAUGAGCAUGACGAGCUGCAGGAGGGCGAUGCAGCAUUUGCAGUAAGGGACACGGGGAACUUGACGUCAGUGCGGUUAUCGCACGGUAGCAACGACUUGGGCAAAGAAGACAGCAAUACGGCUGCUAUGGACAGCAAUACGGCUGCUCAUGGUCGUAGGAAAGAACGGACGAGCGAAGACGCGUUGCGCGAGUCGAGGCAGCAACGGCCAGCAGCCUCGGAAGAAGCGCUCCGAGUUCUUCAAACGGAUGACGCAAACGAAGCAGCGUCUCGACAAACUAACGGGUCUUCGACAGUCGAUCGAUCGGUUCUAGACGAACAGAUCUUUGGUACGAAGGGCGGAGCUGUAUCGUGCGAAGGAAAGAGCGACAACGUGAUUGUUCGCUUGGGACGAGAAUUGCAGAACGAGAAACAGCUUGUGCGGCAACAGACGGCUUAUUUGCGGGAUGAACAGGACAGGAAUCAGCAGCUUCGUGCUCGCAUUGAGGAGUUGGAGGCACAGCUUCCUGCCACAAAAGACAGUACAAGGAGUGUCAAAGCGCGGAAAGCGUCACGCGAACAGGGAGAUGAACGAUUGUCGUCAGAAAAAGACCGAUAUGCUCAACUUGGUGACUCGGAUCUACAAGGCCGUGUUCGAGAAGCGGAUACCGCAUGCGGAAACGAUGACACAGUCCAGCGAAAGAGUGGGUCGCAGCAGCCAGAAGAGGAGGACUGUUCGUUGCCCGGCGACCACCGUCGUGAUGCGCGGACAGUGGUGGGGCUGAGAGAUAAGCUUGACGAUAUGAAUGGUCGUCUCAGUGAGUUUUUGGCAAGGGUGGAGCGGUGGAAGAGUAGCAGCAAGAGGAAACUGUCAAACUGCCGCAAGACCGAGCUGCCUGACUUGAUGGAGAACGUGUGGUCGGACUUUCCGCAGUAUUCGGAGUCCUUGCCAAGGCGAGACGCUGGAACUCUGAACCCUCCAAGCAAACAGCUAGCGCUCGAUUCCGGUGAGCAAGCUGAUUUGAUCCACUUCUUGAAAAAGAGGUUGCGCCAGCGCGACGACGAGCUGCGACAAACCUGCGCCAAGUACGUGGAGCUCAAGGAGCUGUGCGCCCGACAAUGUGUGCGUGAAGCGGACCUCCAGAACUUCAUUAACGAACACCGUCUGCGUGGCAACCUCCCCGUCAUUCGCAAGGCCAGCAAUUGCCAGCCUGGCGCGGCUAGCAGCAACAAGCAAACACGGGCACAAGACAAGCAGCACGACACAGCGCGAUGUCGUGUCGAUGUAACGUCAGUACCGGAUGGAGACAACAAGAUGGCGCUACCGUCGUACAACAAGAAACGUCACGUACAAGCGAAUGCUGCCAGCGACAAGUACGCUGACAACGACGAGGAGGCCAACGGCGAAUGUGUGAUGGAAGGGAAGCUGGAAUGCUCGAUGGGCACUUUCAACAAGUACGCGUUGCCCGAAAACGCGGAUACGGCUCGGGAGCAUUCGACCAGACAGAGUCGAGAGGAGGAGCGAAAGACAGCAGGAAUGAAGCAGCUCGAGCUGCAGCAUCGAUGCCAGCACCAGCGUGCCGAACGAGUACUAGCGCCGUCGUCGAGUCGGACGCGCCGCGUACCUCCGUCGACAAGAGCGGCAGCUCGACACAGCCAAUCGAUCCAGCAGCUGUCGCGCUCUCAUCUUCCACUGCUCGGAACGUGUCCAAUCGGCUGCGGAAGUCAUGCGUCGUACCUGCCCGCGGAACCACGCGCACGUGCCGCACAAGCAGCGAAUCCCGUGACGACCAGGACAGCGACAAGAGCAUUGAAAAGAGCUGGUAAGGUCAGUCGACCAUGGACGUAA